UGGCGGAAGAGAGUGAUGUGGAUGCUCGAAUCUUCAGGUUUCAAGACUGUGAAACGUCUCCAGAUUCAUUCUAUGACUAUCCAGCAAAUAUAAGAGACAAUUCAGUUCCACUUGUUAUUGAUAAUGGGGGACACUGUUGCAGAGCAGGGUGGGCCACUGACAAUAAGCCAAGACUAAACUUUAGAAAUUUGGUGGCCAAAGCUAGAGGAAGGAAAGAUGGUGAUGCAUCAGGAGCUGGAUACUCUGUAGGAAAUGAUAUUGGAAAUCUAGAAGUGGUCAGAUGGGCCUUGAGGACUCAGUUUGAUCGAGAUGUUGUAACGCACUAUGAGUGCCAGGAGCAAGUGUUUGAUCACAUCUUUAGUCACCUUGGAGUCAACACACUAGGAAGUGUUAAUCAUCCUAUUGUUAUGACAGAACCAGUUUGUAACCCAAACUACUGUCGGCAGUCCAUGUCUGAGUUGUUGUUUGAGUGUUACAAUGUUCCAAGUGUAGCUUAUGGGAUUGACAGCCUCUUUAGCCUUUAUUACAACUCCCCAAACUCAGAUAAAACCACUGCACUUGUGGUGUCAUCUGGAUGUCAAGUCAGUCAUGUUUUGCCUGUUGUAAAUGGGAGACUGGAUGCUAGCAACUGUAAGAGGAUUAAUCUGGGUGGAGCACUUGCCACAUGGUACAUGCAGCGACUUCUACAGCUAAAACAUCCUCACCAUGCUGCUCAGAUUACACUCUCAAGAGCGCAGGAAUUAGUUCAUAGUCAUGGUUUUAUGGCAUCUGAUUACUCUAAAGAACUGGAAGAAUGGGCUUCAUCUGAUUAUUAUGAUGAUAAUGUCUAUAAAAUUCAGCUUCCAUAUGCUCAGGUUCCAACUCCCCAGGCAAGUGGACCUAAAAAUGAAGAAAAGGAAAAGCUUAGAAGACAAAAGCAAGGAAGGAGGUUACAAGAGAUCAAUGCAAGAAGGAGAGAAGAAAAGCUUGCAGAAGAACAAGAGAGGCUGCAAGAUCUGAUUAAUAUUCAAGAACUGGAAUCUCAAGACAGUGGGGAGUUCCAGAGAUCUUUAGCAGCAGGAGGCUUUCAGAGUUCUGAGGCAUUACAAGGUGCUAUCAAAAAUCUGACCACUUCUAUCAAAAAGCGAAAGGACAAGAUUGUAGCCAUGCAGACAGCAUUGGAAUUAGAUUCCGAGGUCAAGGAGAAAGACGAAAUUGUUGACGUUGUAUCUGAAGCGCCUGCCGUCGAGAGCAAAAAGAGACAGCGGACUCCCAAGGGAGCAGCCAUGGCGGAGGAGAAGAGUGGAAAGAGACUAAAGGAAGAGAAGAAACAAGAAAUGCAACAGAAGAGCCAGGAGGACGUGCAACGAGAGGAAACGUUCAAAACAUGGCUGACGGGUUUGCACAGAAGGAGAAAGGAAAUACUGGACGCUCGUCAACAACGCGUACAAAGGAGAGAGGAACUGGCGAGCAGACGAAGUCAAGCCUCCUUGGAAAGAAUGAGGAUUCUAUCACAACUGGCGUACGAUCCGAAUGUUCGUGACGAUGGUACGACAAGAAGUUCACACAAGAAACCAAAAGAAGAUACAUUCGGCCAAAACGAUGAUGACUGGAUGGUGUAUAGAUCAAUUAAUAAGGAUGCGGGUGACUCCGAUAGCGAAAAAGAACAGGAGGAACUGAACGAGCUUGAAAAUCUACUUAAGAAACACGAUCCCGAUUUUUCAAAACGUUUUGGAGGCAAACCAGAGACUGCUGUUGAUUGGGCAGAGUAUUACCAAUUACACCUUGGUGUAGAAAGAAUAAGAGUCCCCGAAAUAGUAUAUCAACCAUCCAUGCUGGGCAUUGAACAAGCUGGCAUUUCUGAAACAAUAGAUUUCAUACUCAAUCAUUACUCAACAGACUUACAGACAGCUUUAGUGCAGAACGUGUUCGUGACUGGAGGAAAUACCAAGUUUCCAAACUUUCAAGAACGUCUGGAGAGAGAACUCCUCGCCAUCCGACCAUUCCAAUCGACCUUUAAAGUUUUUAAAGCAGCCAAUCCCGUACUGGACGCCUGGAAUGGAGCUCGUAAGUGGGCGAAGUCACUAAGCAGUCUACAAGCAGUGAGUGUUACAAGACAGGAAUACGAAGAGAAAGGCGCAGACUACCUUAAGGAGCACUUAGCCUCAAACCGUUACGUACCCAUCCCUACACAGUCGUGAUUGAAUUUCUUUGACCAGGGGUGUUAGUAUGGUAGAUUAUGACAGACAUGUUGUCCUAUGGAGCCAGUGUAGUGCAUCACAAAAACAGUUUUUUGUCGUAUGCAAACAACUUUAAAGCACAUCUUGAUUUAAAAUCCUGAAGAAUCGACUUCAUACUUUAUUUAAAAAGAGGUUGUCUUUAAAAUGCUAUUAACAAGAACAAACAUCGACAGUAAUUUUCUAUAACUAGUUUUCUGUAAACAGAAACUAGUUAUGGAACAACUAGAGGUAUUUUCCAAUCUGGAACGUACUAACUGCCCCGGAAGAUCUUGAAAGAUAUGAAAUAUCGCUUGGUAUUGUCUGUUGUUCAGCGUUGACCGAAACUGUUGUAAAUAACAUCAUCAUAAAUUACAAUACCAGAACCUUUUGCAAUUUUGCAUAAAUUA